GUUUGUUUACUGCAGUUUUUCUCUGAAAUUCUGGGAAAAAUAAAUAAAGUAUCUCAGCAGCUACAGGACAAACAGACAGACCUUGGAAAAGCAGCUAAACUUAUUUCUUGUCUUCGUGAAGAUUUAGCUGAUGUAAGAAACUCCAACUUAAUUGAGAAUUGUUCUAAUACGGUUGACGAACUCUGUAAAAAAUGUGACAUUUCACCAACAGCGACAAGAAAACAUUCUAGAAAACCUCGACAGCUCCGUGAUUUUAUCAUACUGGAAACAUCUGGCCAGAGAGUUGUGGAGCCAAGUCAUGCACAACACGUCACAAUCUUGUAUGAAGUACUAGAUUGUUUAAAUAGUAAAUUAGAGCGUCGCUUUUCAAAAGAUUCAUGUGUGAUCUUCUGUGGCAUUUCAGCUCUCUGUCCUGAAGGACAGACAUUCUUGCAUGAGGAUGACUUGAAGUCAUUUGCUUUAUCAUAUUCAGUUAAACAAAGUAAUUUAAAACACGAGCUACCUUUAGUCAAGAAAUUGCUCCAGAAAGAACCUCAGCCACCUACAUCACUGGUGGAGUUUUUGUCAUUUAUUCAUCCAUAUAAAUCUGCCUUUGAUUGCUUAUACAGGUUACUAUUGAUAGCUGUAACACUUCCUGUUACUAGUGCUUCUUGUAAAAGAAGUUUUUCCAAAAUAAGAAUCGUAAAAACAUUUCUUAGAAAUUCAAUGACUAGUGAGAGACUAAGUAACACUGCAUUAUCAUCAAUUGAAAGUAAACAGGCUGAGAGUAUUGACUUAGAUAGUUUUGUAGAUGAGUUUGACAGCUGACAAUGGUAAUCGUAGAAUCAAACUGCACUAAACAUUUUGAGAAUUGUCCUGACAUGGUCCAUAUCUGUUUUGUGUUCAUAUGUGUAUUAUAAAAACUUACCAUUCUCUAAUAAUUGCAUAUUGUUAUAAAUUGUAUAUGGUUUUGAAUGUCGAAACAACAUUUUGAGAAUUUUCAUGAUAAGCCUCAUAUCUGUCUGUUCAUUUCAUUAAUUAACACCUUUCCUUACUUUGUUCAAAUGUGCAUUAUACAAACUUGCUAUUCUUUAAUAAUUGCAUAUAGUUUUUAAUGUGAAACCAGCAUUUUCAGAAUGGUCAUGACAUGGUCCAUAUCUGUCUGUUCAUUUCAUUAGUUAACACCUUUCUUUAAGUUGUGCAAAUGUGUAUUACACAAACUUGACAUUCUUUAUUAAUUUGCAUAUUGGUUGGGAUCAUAUGCUAUUGUUUUGAAUGUCAAACUGAACCUUUUCAGAAUUGUUGUGACAUGCCCCUUGUAUAUCUGUUCAUUUCAUAUAGUUACUACCUUUCUUUAUGUGGUUCAAAUGUGUAUUAUAUUUAUACAUACUAUCCAUUCUUCAAUGUUUGGGUAUUGUUUGGAACUGUAUAUAGUUUUGAAUGUUAAAUUUUCAUAUCAUGUAAGUCAGGUAAAAUAUCAGAUGGAUGCUUUACAGUUGUUUUGCUUAGGAAUUAAACAAAAUUUUAUAUGAACCUUUACCUUUAGUCAAAUUCAUUCUUCCAUGAGUUUCAAAAUGUUUCCAAAAUUGUAAUUUUUUUACAGUCACCUUUCCUAUGAUGCCCACCCAACAAUCAUCUUUGCCCCAGAGUUGCCCCUCCACUUUUUGAGGGGUAGAAUCGCCACUGUACUUGAAAUGUUUAGCAUUUACUUCUGUGUAUGAGUAGUGCUUAAACUGCUGUUGACCUUUUUAGAUACUUCCCUCUGUGUUCUAUUACCUGAUUGUGAGAACAGUGGUGGAUCUUGCAUGAAACCUGCAAACUGGAGUAGCUGUGUUGGUGCAAUUGACUUAACUGACUGCCUUGGAGAUGACUGUGCCUGUUGCCAUCCAACAGCCGUUUCAGGAAGUUCACCAAAACCCAUCUGUUCAGACAAUAAUGGUUACAGCUUCAGUACGAAUAGCAGCCAUGUAUGCAAUGGUAUCACUUAUGACAAAGGGUGUGAUGGACCAAAUUGUGCUUGUUGUUUCAUGGAUCCUGAUAACUGUGUUGAAUUACCUGAAUGUGGAGGAGACAGUGGGAAAUGCGUGAAAGGUGAUGACUGGGGAACUUGCUAUGGCUUAGCUGAACCAGCAGGUUGCCUUGGAAACAAUUGCACUUGUUGCAGGGAUUGUACCCCUAAUGCCCAGUGCACUGCUAAUCAAGGCUAUUGCUACAAUGGUACAAGUAGCUACAUGUGCACAGGUACCAUCUAUGAACAAGGAAGCGGGGAGGCUGCAUUUCACUUUUGUAUUAAUGAUACUUCUCUCUGUGUUCUUUUACCUGGGUGUGUGAACAGUAGCGGAUCUUGCAUGAAACCUACAGACUGGAGUAGCUGUAAUAAGGUAGUUGAUUCCACUGAAUGCCUCGGAGAUGACUGUGCCUGUCGCAGUCCAGGAGUAUGUUCAUCAAGCAGCGCCUGCACCGGCAAUAAUGGUUACUGCUUCAGUGUGCAGAGCAGCCACUUAUGCAUUGGUACCGUGUUCUCUGAAGAAUGCAGUUGGGUACAAAUUGUUUCCUGCUGCAUUGAAGAUGAUACUGGAGCUCAAGCUGUAUCUACUAGAGGUUUACUUGCUCAGAUGGGUGCAGAAUUUGUUUGUUUACUGCAGUUUUUCUCUGAAAUUCUGGGAAAAAUAAAUAAAGUAUCUCAGCAGCUACAGGACAAACAGACAGACCUUGGAAAAGCAGCUAAACUUAUUUCUUGUCUUCGUGAAGAUUUAGCUGAUCUCUCUGUCCUGAAGGGACAGACAUUCUACCAUGAGGAUGACUUGAAGUCAUUUGCUUUAUCAUAUUCAGUUAAACAAAGUGAUUUAAAACACGAGUUACCUUUAGUCAAGAAAUUGCUCCAGAAAGAACCUCAGCCACCUACAUCACUGGUGGAGUUUUUGUCAUUUAUUCAUCCAUAUAAAUCUGCCUUUGAUUGCUUAUACAGGUUACUAUUGAUAGCUAACACUUCCUGUUACUAG